AUGUCUAGUCAGCGUCUUGUCCUAGGCCUCCCACGUGUCUUGCCGUCGCUGCCGCCUUCGCUUGCGCCGCCGUGUCGUCCCUGCGUCGAGGGUAGGCUGCCCGCCACCCCUCACUCCUCCUCCCUUCGUCCGGCCACCGAGCCUUUUGAGACGCUUCACUUGGACGUCUGGGGCCCCGCCCCUCGUCUAGGCCCUGAGCGUGAGCGUUACUUUCUGGUGGUCGUUGACGACUUCUCCCGCUACACCACAGUGUUCCCUCUGGCGAAGAAGUCUGAGGUGACUUCUACGCUGAUCAGGUGGUUGCUCACCACCGAGGACACUCGUGGUCGUCGUGUCAGCUGUCUCCACUCCGACCGUGGGGGUGAGUUUCGCUCCGGCAUUCUCGCUGGAUUCUGUCGCGAGCAGGGCAUUCGUCAGUCCUGGACGCUUCCAGAGUCCCCACAGCAGAAUGGGGUUGCUGAGCGCCGCAUAGGCCUGGUCAUGGAGAUCGCCCGCACCUCCCUGACUCACGCCUGUGCCCCCCAUUUUCUGUGGCCCUACGCGGUCAGGUACGCCGCGCACCAGCUGAACCUCUGGCCACGUGUCUCUCGACCAGAGGUUUCACCGACCAGUCUUUGGACAGGGUCCCCUGGUGUUGCGUCGCGGUUUCGUGUCUGGGGGUGCUUGGCUCUUGUCCGCGACACCUCCGCGGACAAGCUCUCGCCUCGUGCCGUCCCCUGUGUCUUCCUUGGUUUCCGUGAGGACUCCUCUGACUUCACCUUUUACCACCCUCCCUCUCACCGGUUCUUUGACUCCCGUGACGUCCGUUUCGAGGAGUCCACUCCGUACUACGUCAGGUACCCCAGUCGAGGUGUGUCCCAGGCUACCCCUCCUCCUUCGGUAGCCCCUCCGGUACAGCCUCCCUCCCCACAGUCCUCCUCGCAGCGUGCCGCUGGUGCUAGCUCUCGAGAGGUUGGUGCUGCGCCUGUUCCUGUACCGGUUUCUGGUUCUGGGGGUGCUGGUGUUGGAGCUGGUGUUGGAGCUGUAGGUGGAGCUGGUGUUGGAGCAGGAGGUGGAGCUGGAGGAGGCACUGGAGGUUCGCCAGGCCCCUCGUGA